CAGGGCUGCGCGCAUGCGCGCGGGGGGCGGGGCGGGGCGGGGCCGCCUCUCCGCCCCGCGACGAAGGUGCCGGGAGCGCUCAAGAAAUCCAGUGGGAAAUUGCUGCAAAAGCAGGGAUGAUUAUACAGAGAGUAGUGCUGAAUUCACGCCCUGGUAAGAAUGGAGUGCCGGUGGCUGAAAACUUCCGACUGGAACAAAGUACAAUAGCAGAUACAAUCCAGGUGGGACAAGUGCGUGUUAGAACCCUCUAUCUCUCGGUGGACCCUUACAUGCGCUGCCGAAUGAAUGAGGAUACUGGCUCAGAUUACCUCCUGCCCUGGCAGCUGUCUGAAGUUGCUGAUGGUGGCGGCAUUGGGGUUGUGGAGGAGAGCAAGCAUGAUAACCUUGCUAAAGGAGACUUCGUAACUUCCUUCAAUUGGCCCUGGCAGACAGUGGCAAUUCUAGAUGGAAGCUUCCUACAAAAGCUUGUUCCACAACUUGUAAAUGGACGCCUUUCCUACUUUCUCGGUGCAGCUGGCAUCACAGGACUGACAGCCCUGUUAGGUAUAAGGGAGAAAGGACACGUGGCUGUGGGUGCAAAUCAGACAAUGGUGGUGAGUGGAGCAGCUGGUGCCUGUGGCUCUUUGGCUGGCCAGAUCGGCCGUCUGGAGGGCUGCUCUAGAGUGGUGGGGAUCGCUGGCACAGAUGAAAAGUGCUCCAUUUUGGUCCAAGAAAUGGGGUUUGAUGCUGCUAUCAAUUACAAGAAGGGGAACGUGGCAGAGCAGCUAUGUGAACUCUGCCCAGGCGGUGUGGAUGUUUACUUUGAUAAUGUUGGUGGAGACAUCAGUGACACAGUAAUAAGUCAGAUGAAUCAGAACAGCCAUAUCAUCCUGUGUGGACAGAUUUCUCAGUAUAACAAAGAUGUGCCUUAUCCUCCUCCACUGCCUCCUGACAUAGAAAAAAUACAGAAAGAAAGAAAUAUCACAAGGGAAAGAUUCUUAGUGUUGAACUAUAUGGACAAACAAGAAGCUAGUGUAUUACAACUCUGUCAGUGGAUCCAAGAAGGCAAACUGAAGGUCAGAGAGACCGUGGUAGAAGGCUUAGCAAACAUUGGUGCCGCUUUCCAGUCCAUGAUGAAUGGAGGCAAUAUUGGAAAACAGAUCGUCUCAGUUUCUAAGUAAAAAAUAUUUCUUCGGGGAAAAAUAAUUGGAUUCUAUCUCUAACAGGUCAGCUGAGCUGUCCAGAGAAUGGAUUAUCCAGGUCUGCGUGAGUCACUGCCUCGCCUUUCGCUAAACGGAAUCCAAGGAUUAGGAAAGAAACACUAUGCAAGAAAUCGUUUUGCAUGCUGUGGAAAGCAAGCCAAUGGGUUAUCAAAAUCGCCUGAUAUGGUGGUGAGCAAUAUGAAAAACAGUCCUUUUGUUUGCUAGUGCUGAAGCUGGCCCUGAAAGGAGGAGGCAUGCAGUGAUGGAUGCCAUAAACUUCGAGGAAGAGACACCUGCAGUAUAGCAUUACGUGGUCUAAAAUCUCCCAGUGUGCCUUUUUAACUACAAAACCAGUGACUGGUUCACUUUCAGCUAGAUUGUGAAUCCAACAUCAGCAUAACUACCUCAAGCAGCAUUAAUAACAGUGUCACACUGGGAUAGAAGCCCAAAUUUUUACGCAGUAGAAUCAGUGUGAUCAUAGUGGGCAAAUAAAGACAGAAAGCAACAGGUGAGUGAAAUUCUAUGAAUUCCUGCAUAUUGACUGUUCAUAGAUGGUAACUUACUUGUGAAAGUUAAGCAAUGCAAGCUUGUAAGACUUGAUAAUUCGUACGUACAUUAAAACAAGAGGCAGGAGGAAAUGUAGUGAUCCUGAGCACUGUCUCUAGGCUUGGAUUCCUGUCAUGUCGGCUGGAUUUAAUGGGGAGGGAGCUGCGGCUCUAAUGAGUGUGCUGAUGUGUCCGUUGCCCCCUUUCCUUUCUUUCCUCCUUCCCAUGUGGUCCCACAUGCCCAUGCCCAGUAUGAAUAUUCAGAACAAAACAGCAUCACCAUCACCCUGUAUUGGUUUGUUAUGCAGCGCACACCAUAUUCUGCGUUCAAUUUCUGCCAGGCAGCAGAGUAGCCUUAAUGUGCUUUAACACACUUCACCUUUCUGAAUAACCAUCCUCAUCCUUACAGUCCAUUCCUAAAGCAAAUACCUAACUGCAAAGGAAAUCAGCCCGCUCCACGUAUGUGACCUGCCGUUAACACUCCACACCCCUGCAGGCAAAGCUGGUCUUAACAUGAGGCUCCAUUGCUGCUCCUCCUGAAAAUAGAUAUCGAUGCAAGAGUAUUUUUACAAAUGAGGGUGUUAGUAUUGCUGUUGCUGCUGAGUUGAAGUAGUAUCAGUUUUAAUUAGGAACAGAAGUCCUCCAUUGAAUUUGGGUUUUUUGUGUGUGUCUCUCUCUAAUUGUACGUAAAUAUUUGUGGUGCGUUUUGGGGCAUGGUGCCAGCAUGGUGUUUUCGUAUUUUCUUCCUGCACACAAGUUUCAGCAUCCUAUAACUUGCGUUUCCCUAUGUAUGGCUUCCUCCAAUCUAUCAAUUUUGUUUGAGUUUCAACAGCCUGUUUUGAAAAAAAUAUCUUCUAUUCUUAAAACUGAGGACCCUUCUUCUGUUUUAAUUCCAGCCUGUUUGGAAGGAAGUAUAUCAUAGGGUAGUAUCCAAAGCAAGCUAAUUAAAUACCUGUACAUUUCAAAAGAGACUUCAGCUGUGAACUGUGGUGAGUUUGUGUUGUAUGAAUGUAAGAAAGCAAUCAUAACAAUAACCACUACUGAAAAGGUGUUAAAAUGUUGUUUUCCAUUAGUAUACUGUAGGUGAAGGCCUCGUUCUGACAUAUUUAUGUUUCCAGAGCUACAUUUGUUUGUCCAAAGUACAAAUUUUGUACUUUUGAACAGUGUUUGCUGAAGAGCUACUCCAGAGUGAGCUCAUCUCUGGUACCAUGAGUUGACACGCUUUCCAGGAAUGACACUCCUCUAGAAAGUUAUUUUUUUACAACUAAAACGGAAUAUGAUAAAAUUAUAAAAUUCCCAGCACUAUUCUAUUACAGCAAUUGCUUAGUAAUCCACCCAAAUUGUAAGCCUGUUAAGAGCUGAUGAUGUGAGGGGUGAUCCAGAGUGAGAUCAUGCUGAGGCACUGAUUCUUUACCAUAAUAAAGGCAGCUAGAUCGCAGCAGCAUUCCUG